ACUGUCAUCAUGACAUUAUAAUCUGAAGAAUCAAGAUCUUGUGAUCUUUUUGUUGUCGAUUUUGAGGAAUUGAGUCUGUUCUAUUUUCAUUUUACGUUACCUAUUUUAUUCUGCGAUUUAAUGAUUUGUAUACAGGUUGUGUUCUAUUGCUUUUAUUGAAUGAAUUAAUUAAUUAAUUGCUUGUUACUCCUAAACCUUUAAUCCUAAGUAGGUAUGGCUCUUGAAAAAAAAGAUGAUUUUGAUGUGCCCACCAUGGAAGAUGUUUGUGAGUUGCUGGACAAGCUAACAUUGAAGCAGUUACAUUUAAUGGAAGAGAAAAUGAGAGGGGAAAUGAAUAUAGAGUCAAGUAUUCAAAAUGGCAGUAUUAACUUAGCCAAGUCGCGGUACAUCAUGGGUCAAAGUUCAGUAAGCACUGCAAGGCUGCCCGUUGAAAACAGCCCUGAGUUUGCUGCUUCCACCAAAUGUGAGACUACAGAAGAAGAUGGGGUGAAGCAGUUGAGAGUGAUAGAGAACGAAAAGAAUACAGUGAAUCCACUUCACUGGUUUGGUGUCUUGGUACCUCAGAAUUUACACAAGGCACAAAGUAUUUUCCAAAACACCAUAAACUUUGUUGUAGAAUGUGUCAAUGUGCAAUUACAAUUGUAUGAAAAUUUGAAAACUCUUGAUGUCUUAAAAAAGUAUAAGGGUUUGUUAGAUUCUUCAUAAUCUGAUUUUAAAGCAGAAGGAGAACUUUAGUUGGUGAACAAAACUUGAACACCAUACAAGAGUCAGAAAUCUUAGACACCAUUUUAUUAUUUUAACAGGGUUGUUACGCUGCUUGGGCGUAAAGAAUAUUUACAGUGAGUUAUUUAUUAUUAUACAUUUUGCUGUGGAGAAAAUAAAUAAAAGUUGUCUUUUGUUUUCAUCAAUUUAUUUGGAACAGUGAAAUGAUCACUAAGUAUAAUGUAUCAGUGAUUUAAUACAAGCAUCCAUAAAUUAUUUUCACCCCAGUCUAUAUGGGGUUUCAUGUUUCACAUUUAGAUGUAUUCAAGGCUUUGGCAUUACACAUAUGUAUUUACAUUACAAUUGGUAUAUUGACAUUUGUUUCCUAAUUUAUAAUAGUUUCCUUGUUUAUUGAUUACAUGCAUUUUAAAUAUUUCUUUACAAUUUAACAAUUUAUUUAUACAUUGGUGUUAGUAUUCAUGUCAGUAAAUUCUGCACAGCUUUAACUAUUUGGGAUGUUCUCAAGGUUGUAUGUUUUAUAUUUCUUGAUGUAAUACAUCUAAUGCUGUUUAUUUACUGUUGAAAUGCUGAUUAGUAAUAUACACCAUCUCCAAUAAAACUGCAACUAACAUUUAAAUAUUGCAGUUAAAUUAAUAUAGUGUAUGCAAACUUUUGAUAACAUAAAUGAUGCUACAUUAAUUCUUGGAGACAAUCAUAUUCAUCCAAAACAUGUGAGUUUAAUUUAGAGACACACUUUAUGUUUUUAAUGCAGGGGAAUAUACACAAACAAUAAAAAAUAAUGUUGUGUUUGUAUGAUAUCCAUUUUUUUUAUAAAUUGUGAUGUUUUGCCCUGCUAUAGAAACAGAUUAUAGUGAUAAUAUAAAUCUAUCUAUAUUCCUUUUGGUAUGUGUACACUGUGCUUGUUAAAAAUAAUUGUCUUAUGUUGAUUAACUGCAGUAAAGUUUACUGACAAGGCACAAGUUCUUUGGUUUAAAAUACACUGGUAACAUCUUGUAGUCACUAUCUUCAUGGAAUGUAUGUUAUUAUUUUAAAUGCAAGAACAUUAAAUUAAUACAUUUCACAUAAACUAAA